GCCGGCUUGCCAUUGUUACGCGCGCGCCGGCGCGCUUCCUCUCCCUGGUUCCGUUGCUAUAGGAGCUCCCGUCUAACAAUCCCCUCCUCCCGCUGGGUGCUCCGGGGACACGCUCGUUCUCGCGGACGCUGCCACCCGCCCAAGGAACCAUUCCUGCUCUCUUGCCAUCAGCCCGCGGAGGAAGCGGGGAAGAGUCAUGCCCAUCUACCAGGCGUCUGGCCGGCUGCUUUCGUCUGGUCUCCUCCAGCUCUCCUGGAGCGUCAGCAAAGCUUGCCGAGAACCACCUCUAUGAGAAUAUCCUUCCUUCGGUUGACUGAGAAUGUUGGCUGACAAAAGGCUCGAAAACCUACAGAUCUACAAAGUUCUCCAGUGCGUUCGCCAGAAGGACAAGAAGCAGAUUGAGAAGCUCACCAAACUCGGCUACCCGGAACUCAUCAAUUUCACCGAGCCAGUCGAUGAGGCUGCUCUUCACUUGGCCUGUGUUGCCAACGACAUUGACAUGUGCAACUUUCUCUUGGAGCUUGGAGCUCAUCCGGAUGUCCAGGAUCGGAUGGGCCGCACCCCCGCGAUGAAAGCUGCUGAGCUGGGCCAUGACUUGGCCUUGGAUGUAUUAGUCCAGGCCGAGGCAGACAUGACCAUCGUUGAUGUUGAAGGAAAAGGUGUUCUGUUUUACUGCAUUCUGCCCACCAAACGCCACUUCCGCUGUGUUCAGAUGGUCCUGGAAUAUGGGGCGGAUGUUAACAACUGCACUUUUGAGGGGAAGCCAGUUUUCGUACAAGCCUGUGAGCAGGCGCAUGAGAUCAGAGACAUGUGCAUGACAUUUUUGGAGAGAGGAGCAGACCCUAAUGCAACAAACCCAGCGACCGGCCGCACAGCCCUGAUGGAAGCAGCCAGAGAAGGGGUUUUGGAUGUGGUCCGCGGUAUUCUUGAGAGAGGUGGAAAUGUUAAUGUUUUUGACAAUGAAAGACACCAUGCCGCACAUUUUGCUGCCAAAGGAGGGUUUUUUGAGAUCCUGAAGCUUAUUUCCGCCUACAAUGGAGAUGUGGGUUUGAUAGCCAUGAAUGGAAACACGCCGCUGCAUUACGCUGCUGCUGGGGGUUAUGCAGAGUGUUGCAGAUUUAUAGGUCAAAGAGGCACUGACCCUACAUGGAGGAACCUAGAGAAAAAGACACCGAGGCAGGUGGCUAAAGACGGUGGAUUCAAAGCAGCAAGUAAGGAGAUUCGUAAGAUUGAGCGGCGCUAUGCCAAAUAUUCCAAGCCCAAGCCUGGGGUGAAGAACCCCAACCCGCCCUGGGCUGUUAGGCUACAUGACUGGACCGUAGAACACCAGGCAAGUCUCCGCGAAGCAUUUGAGAUCGCAGAUCGAGGGGACGGGGCCGUGAACAAGGAAGAUUUUGUGUCCAUCAUCGAAGAGAGGUGUCCAUUUGUGGAGGCUGAACAAUUAAUGACAAUUGCUCAGGCUCAUGAGAAAACACGAGCAGGAGGAAUUAAGUUCGAGGAGUUUCUUAAGGGCAACCGGUUCUUGCAGAAAGCCUUCCUCCUUACAUCUUAUGGUCCCAAGAAGAAGAAGCCCAAGAAAGCGAGAGGCAGGAAAGCCAAGUUUGUCGCCCCUAUGCCAAUCUGCGUCAUUCCGGAGAGUGCGUACCCACGGCGGGAAAAUGGCGGGCCGCCUGAGUACAUGAUCGAAACUUAUAAGAAUGUGACGGACUGCAACCGGUUCAAUCGGGACCACCCUCCUGAGCACCCCAUCCAAGAUGAUUCCUGGUGGUACAUUGAUGACCCGUUGAAGACUUUCGCCCACAUCAACUACCUCGCUAAAGACGGAGACCUUUCGUCCAUGAAGAAAGCCUUUGAGGCAGGGGUAUCAGUGGACAUACGAGACCAUUUCUACAAAACUCCUUUGAUGGCUGCUUGCGCAAGUGGGAACAUCGAAGUGGUGAAGUUUCUCCUGGAAAGGGGGGCUAAUGUGAACGCCACAGACAAUUUCAUGUGGACUGCUCUCCACCAUGCAUGCCAUGCAGGCCAGCAGGAUAUUGCUGAACUGCUCAUUAAUUCCGGAGCAACAGUAGAUGCUAUUUCAAUCAACUAUGGAACCCCAUUGAUGAGAGGCCUUGAGAGCUGCCGACUGGACACGGUGCAUCAUUUGGUCAACGCUGGUGCGAAGCCUCAGCUGACAAACAGAAAAGGACAAAACGCUCUGGAAGUUGCAAAAGCUUAUGCUGACACCCGGCUGGUCCACUACAUUCAAGACACGCUGGACCGCAUGCCGAAGCCACCGGACAGCAAAGGGGACAAGCAGAAAGGGAAAAAGGGGGCCAAGCCAAAGGCACCAGCCAAAGCAGCCUCAGCAGCCUCUGGAGCCCCAACCACUCCAGCAACGCCUGCCACUCCCAAGGCAAAGAUGCCAGAUCCUGCGUCAAAAGAGUCUGUGAAAGAGGAGGUUCUACGGUCGUCGGAAACAGUCGCUGAGAAAUCUCUCUUCGAGGAGAAGAAAGAAUCCCUCAAGGAUAAUGUCGUCCAUCUGAAUUCACUGAUAACCAGAGGAGCCACAAGGAAAGUUAAUAUCACUUUCACACCACAGAGGACUUGGAGUCCAGAAGCGACGACCCAAGACCUUCUAAGGAAGAGAGAGAUGCGCCGGCAGCGUUUUAGUUAUGAGGUGGACUUCGAUGACUUUAUGAUGCCCUUUAAGAGGAACUUUAUGGAGAAAGCCCGUUUGUUACAACAGGGUGCUAUUUUGCAUUAAUCAGUGUGGAAUUCCUGCAAGGAUGUCCAGGAAGGAAAGGAUCCAGUUCCGAAGAGGGCAAGAAUCAUGUUAUCCUGAACUGUGAUGGAAGUUUCGCUUUGUUCUUUAGUUAUGUAAUUUCAGUACAGGGCAUGCUUGAAGUAUUCAACCAAGAGGACCACUCUGUCUUGCAUUUGGGAAUGGAUUUGUUUUCAUUUAUUUAUUUUUUAGCAACAAGUUGGAAGAUUAAUGAACAUUUCAGGAAAGUGGGAGUCCAGCUACCCUACUGCAUUGCAGUUGACUUUUUAUUACCCUCUCCCAGUCAUCCAGAUCUGAAACCAUCUUCUUGCUUAAAAAAUAGACUCUAUCCUGCUACAGAAACUUGAAACCAAAUAUUUCCAGGUGCUAUAAAUAUCCAUUGUACUGAGCAGUGUUGGUGAUACUUCUUAAAUCUAGGGCAGCUGUAGAAUUUGUGCAAGUCUGCAGAAUUUUCCCAUGAGAAGAAUGUCCUGGUGCUAACAGGGGUAUGUAGGUUUUCCCAUAUUUUUUUGUGGGCAUGUCGUGGGUGGGAUAACAUUAAAGCAAUACAGAUAUAAUACAGGAAAGUGAUCUGGGCGAUUCCUAGGUGGAAUCUACACACAUAGAAAAACCGUUCUGAAAGUGCUUUAAAAAAAGUUUUUAAAAAUACAUGGAAUUUUCCAUAAAGCUCACCAUCACACCUAGUGUCAAUUGUAUAUUGCACUUAAAACACACACAAAACGUUUUAUUUGCAGCUAUACAGCUGAGUCCCUAGUUUUGAUCCAUGUCCACUCAACUCUAAAAAAUGAAGUUGGGAAAAGUUCCUGUUUAUCAAGGAAAGGAAAGAACAAAUAGCCAGGAAAAAACAAACCAUGAUUUACCCCAGUAUGUAUGUAUGUGCACCCAAUGUUCUUUGGAAGAGCCUUAAUAUGUUUGUAUUAUUUAGCUAGUUAUCCAAUAGUCUGUAGUGAAUAACCACUAUUUUUUGCUGCUAUUCCCUCCUCCAAAACCAGGAAUGUAAAGACAGCAGCCAGAGCGCUCCGAUGUUUCCUCAGCCAGGGCAAUCAAUACAGGGACAACAACAAACUGGGGUUGUUUCACUGGCCAGUGUGGUGUAGUGGUUAAGAGUGGUGGACUCGUAAUAUGGUGAACUGGGUUCGCGUCUCCGCUCCUCCACAUGCA